AUGUCAGGGCGUGGCGGCGCACGACGAGGCCGUGGCAGCGGCGGGCGGUCGCGCGGGCGUGGCCGUGGCGCUUUCCGCGGCGCCCGCUCCGAAGCAUCAGCGCUGAGCUCGUUGCGCAGUCAGCUAAGCACGACUGGUACCUGCUUCAAUGAUAUCGACCGUCGCUUGCAGGAGGAAGAGUGCCCGGCCUGUCCGGGAUGGAAUUUGUACUUUGCUCCCGAGCCCUACGAUGAUGGCUUUCCCUAUCGCACACUCAUUCAGGAGUGUCGUCUGUUCUUUGAGCAAUUUUCGGAUCAUUUCUACCAGAAGUCCGUCGAGGAGCACCACGUUGUCAUUGUCUGCUUUGACCGCCUGCAGACCUUUCUCCAGCGAGAGCAGGCCUCACAGGACCUGGACCCACUCUCUGAGGAGAUGCGGGAGGAUGCGCCUCUGAUCAUGCGCUGCAUAGGCUUGGCCUUUUGGCAGGCGUAUGCAACCGCUCGCAAUGCGCAGCGUGAGCAAAUCGACUUGGUCCCCCAUUGGAAUUGGCCUUGUAUCGACGUGCGAGUGAGCCGUUUCGGUCCCAUCACGCCGCUGCGCAAGCUCAAAUCCAAUGUCAUUGGCAAGUUUGUGGGCAUCAAAGGCACAGUUGUGCGCGUCGGCUCUGUCAAGCCCCUACCUGUCCGCCUCUGCUUCAUCUGCAACCAUUGCGGUGAAGAAACUGUCCUGGCGCUCGCUGAGGGUAAAUAUGCAACGCCGUCAAAGUGCGCCACCGACGGCUGCCAGAGUCGCUCGUUUGUGCCGAGCCGCGGCAGUCCUCGCACUCAGAGCAUCGAUUUUCAGACAAUCCGGCUGCAAGAGCUGGUGGAGGAUGAGCAGCGCGAGGCAGGGCGCGUGCCGCGCACUGUCGAGGUCGAGCUCUUCGCCGAUCAGGUCGACCGCUGCAAGCCUGGAGAUGUGGUAAUGGUCAGCGGGGAGGUGCGCGUCGCCAACACGGAUCAAGGCAAGCGACCCAAGGACAGCCGUACCAUGUUCCUGCUGUACAUCAAAGCCAAUUGCAUAUGGACCGCACUCUCUUUGGUGUUACCUUGCUCCUGGUGCGGCCCUCGCGUUGUUUUCGAUGAUGGCUGUCUGCCACCACUUACCGGGCCUGCGUGGCUCGAGCUGUUUGAGCUGACUCCUUGGGCCUGCCUGCAUGUGAAUAGCAACAACUAUCAGUGCCUCACUUUGACAUGUUCAAGACUUUUGUUCACUCGCUGUGCCCUGCCAUCUAUGGUGCGUCCCGGCAUCGAAUACCUCUUCCUGAACGGACACGAACUGGUCAAGGCAGGGCUGGUGCUGGCACUUUUUGGCGGGCGCACCAAGUUUCUCCACGAUCAGAACCGCAUCCCCGUGCGCGGCGACCCCCACGUUCUCAUUGUGGGUGAUCCCGGCCUGGGCAAGAGUCAGAUGCUGCGCGCGGUGACCAACAUUGCACCUCGGGGUGUCUACGUAUGCGGCAAUACUACCUCGACGGCAGGCUUGACCGUGACCCUACACAAAGAGGCAGGCUCCAACGGCGAGUUUGCUCUCGAGGCCGGGGCCCUGGUUUUGGCCGAUCAAGGGUGUUGCUGCAUUGACGAAUUUGAUAAAAUGGGGAACCAACACCAAGCGCUAUUAGAGGCCAUGGAGCAGCAAUGCAUCAGCAUUGCCAAGGCUGGUGUGGUCUGCAGCCUCCCGGCGCGGGCUGCCGUUAUUGCUGCAGCCAACCCGAUCGGAGGUCACUACGACAAGGGCCGAACUGUAUCGGAGAACCUCAAGAUGAACCCUGCCUUAUUGUCUCGCUUUGAUUUGGUCUUUAUUCUUCUGGACGAGGCGAACGAGGAGUUGGAUCGCCUACUAUCAGUUCAUGUCAUGGCUAUGCACUCCUCGCGGGCAAGCCGAGCCACGCACACCCCGCUACCUGGCUCGCUCCAACAAUUUGCCUCGGUACCGGACGUGGACUCGGGCGUGGAGCAAUCACUCAAAGACCGCCUACGCAAGCGACCCGGAGAGCCGGAUGUGGAUGUGAUUCCUUACAAUGUUCUCCGCGAAUACAUUGCGUAUGCUCGACGCCAUUGCCAACCAAAACUGUCCCCAGAUGCCGCCAAGCUCAUUCAAGAGUUUUACAUUGAUUUGCGCCAAAGACACCAUAGCGCUGAUAGCACACCGAUCACCACGCGACAGCUUGAAUCAAUGAUCCGACUGUGCGAAGCGCGUGCCCGCUUGGAAAUGCGCGAGCUCGUAACACCGGCGGACGCGCGUGACAUCAUUGAAAUUAUGCGUUUUACCAUGUUUGACACCUAUUGCGACGAGCUCGGACGACCAGACAUCCAGCGUUCACAAAACGGAAGUGGGAUGAGCAAAAAGGCAGCCGCGAAGCGCUUUGUGAGCCACUUGAAUGACUUGGCAACUACAUCAUACAACUCGCUGUUUGGCAAAGAUCAGUUGCGCCAAGUUGUGGAAGACCUGGGUCUGAAUGUGGGCAAUUUCGAGGCCUUUAUCGCCUCAUUGAACAACCAAGGCUACUUGCUCAAAAAAGGGCCCCGCUCUUAUCAGCUGCAAACACUGGACUUUUGA